CGCUGGGCGCGGCGCCGACGCGGAGGCAAGAUGGCGGAGCGCGGCUACAGCUUCUCGCUGACCACCUUCAGCCCAUCUGGUAAGCUUGUCCAGAUUGAAUAUGCCUUGGCUGCUGUGGCUGGAGGAGCCCCUUCCGUGGGGAUUAAAGCUGCAAACGGUGUGGUGUUGGCGACUGAGAAGAAACAGAAAUCUAUUCUGUAUGAUGAGCGAAGUGUUCACAAAGUGGAACCAAUUACCAAGCAUAUAGGUUUGGUGUAUAGUGGUAUGGGCCCAGAUUACAGAGUGCUCGUGCACAGAGCCCGGAAAUUAGCUCAGCAGUACUAUCUUGUUUACCAGGAGCCCAUUCCCACAGCCCAGCUGGUACAGAGGGUGGCUUCUGUGAUGCAGGAGUACACCCAGUCAGGUGGUGUUCGUCCUUUUGGAGUUUCUUUACUUAUUUGCGGUUGGAAUGAGGGACGACCAUAUUUAUUUCAGUCAGAUCCAUCUGGAGCUUACUUUGCAUGGAAAGCCACAGCCAUGGGGAAGAACUAUGUGAACGGAAAAACUUUCCUCGAAAAGAGAUAUAAUGAAGACCUGGAGCUUGAAGAUGCCAUUCAUACAGCCAUCUUAACCCUAAAGGAAAGCUUUGAGGGGCAGAUGACAGAAGAUAAUAUAGAAGUUGGAAUCUGCAAUGAAGCUGGAUUUAGGAGACUUACUCCAACAGAAGUUAAGGAUUACUUGGCUGCCAUAGCAUAAUAAUGAAAACUGAAAAUCUGAAAUUUCAGAUAGUCUACUUAAACAAGUUUAACGUAUGUUUUGUUUUGCAGACUUUUUGCAUACUUAUUUCUACAUGGUUUAAUGGAUGUUUUUAAAUUGACAGUUAUAAGUCAUAAUAAACUAUUAAACCCAAUUUCAAGCAUUUUAAGAGUUAAUAAACAUUUAACAUAGUUAUUUUCUGA